CACGUCAAACGUAAAAUGUUCAUGAAGAAUAUCUCAAAUAACUAUGAUCUCACUCUUUUAUCUGGUUUUAAUUUAAUUUUAGAAAGUGUAUUAGUAUAUCAAAAUGCAACAAUCACCGUUUGAGAAUAUUUUUAACAUAAUUGGCGGAUUAUCCGAAGGAAAUGAGAAGCCCAUGAAACAUGGAUUCUAUAACGCAUUUGCCCUGUUCAUUCUAACUAUAUGCUGUGCUGCAGUUUAUGUCCUGUUUCUUAUACUAGAACCCUUCUUCAAACCUUUGUUUUGGGCUCUUUUAGUGGGUUCGUUGCUGCACCCAUUCAAAUAUAAAUUGUCUAAGAAGCUGAAGUCAUGGUUUGAAGAUUUAGAAAAAUGUAACACAUCUGUGAUAUUUGGGUUAAUGGUCUUACCUGUAAAUGUUGUUAAUUUUGCUUCGGACACUGUGGGACAUCAGUUCAUAGAACAUUACAAGACUGUGAUUGGGUUACUCUCUGCGAUAUUUGUUUUACCGUGGCUGUACAAUGCCAUUCCCCGAAGUUUGGUCUGCAUAUUCUGGCAGUUGAGCAGCUUCAUUGGCUUCUCAAUUACAAAGCUCAUUGGCUUUUGCAGCUCAUACAUUACUCUGACAAUAGCUCUGGCUUAUUUAAUAAGCAUAUGCACAUUAUGGAGGCCAGAGCGAUCUGGCAUGUUUAAAGCAUCAUCACAAUUCCUCUGGCUCGUUAUAACGAGUUUCCUGGCCAGUUUGACUGGUUCUCUGCAAGUCUAUACAUUUGUAAUGCUGCAAGGGCUAUGUGUAGCUGGAUUUGCACUUGAAGUGAUUGAUGUCCAUAAGGAGUUAUUAGCGAUAGAUCCUGAGACAUCAGCUAUAGUCGCAAUCCAAAAAGUUUUUACCAACGAACAUUGCAAAGACGCAAUCAAGCAUGAUGAAAAGCCUGAUCAGAGCGCUAGUGAACAGGAAUCCACGCCCGAGAAAGAAUCCCCUUCCGUCACCCCUGAUGCCGCUAUGAAAAGGGGAAGCUGGGCAGAAAGCGAUCAAAUACGCAGCUCGCCUCGCCACGCCAAAAUGCUUUACAAAACUCGAACAUUAUCCGCCUUACCACUAUCUAAUACGAAAACGAAAUCCGCUUUCGAAAAUCGACUCAUCGCCUCCUUCAAACAAAGGUCGAUGGACGAAAACUACAUGAAAAACAACUUCAAUAGUGAUGACGAGACCGCCUUAUAUUUUAAACUACUUUUCUUUGGAUGCCUAUGCAUGCUCGUGUGGAAACAUAUUUGGCUGCUGCCAGUAAUGCUGUUUUUCUUAGCAAUCCAUGUUUUGAAGAGAGUGUUGGACUUCUUUGGAGUUUGGUUGUUCUGUGAGAAUCACUAUAAUAAUUUCAUGGGCAAAGUCAAAAAUUGGUGGUCUGACAGACAGUCUGCGGCGGUACCAGCGCAUAUUCGUGGAAUCCGCAAAAUCCUUUCUAGUUUAAAUACAAGCAUAAGAGACGUGGCCUACGGCUCUGUGGAUACUGUCUCUACUUGUAUCGUCAUCACGGGUCUUAUUACAUUUCUUAUCGUCGCUACUAUAUUCAUUUGUAUACAGAUAUACUCAGAGGCAAUAGUGGUGGUCCAACUGAGCGGCAGCCUUCUGAACAGUACGUUCGUACAAAACAGCGAGCUGCACGCUUACCUCCCCGAGGGGUGGGAGGAGAAACUAGAUUCCUUGAUCGACAACGCCUAUACUUACGGAAAAGAGGGCAUAUCGGCUGGUGUAAAGAGCAUACUCAAAGAAGGCGACCCUGAGAAGAUAGCCCGUGUGGAGGAGCAAAUUCUGCAGCUAUGGGAUCGCGUGUACCAAAGCUGGGUGUCGGGACAGUUCGCGCCGCAAAUCGGGCCCACGGUCGACGGCAGCGCUGUUCACGACUCGUGGGACAACUUCGUCAACGACAUCUCUAACACGCCUGGCGUGUUCGACUAUUCCGGCAUCGUAGCCUGGGUGCAAGCCAACGUGGGCACCCUGAGCGCCAUAGCUACAAGCAUUUGGGCACCGCUGGCCAGCAAUGUAUCUUUGCUGGCCGGGUCGAUCGGCGCGUUCACGUCGCUUCUACUCUCAGGUGGAGGUGCUGUCAUCAACAUGUUCAUUAACUUGGUGGUGUUCUUUACAACGCUUUUCUACUUGCUGGCGUGCAGCAACGCUCUCUACAAGCCAGUCGAGGUCAUCACUCAAGUGCAGCCCAACUUCGGACCGCGACUCGGCAUCGCCUUGUCCGUCGCUAUAAAUCAGGUGUUCAGAGCGUCAUUCAAAAUGGCGCUGUUUUACGGGUUAUGGACGUGGCUGGUGCACAAUCUGUUCGGAGCUAAAGUUGUCUACUUACCUUCAGUGUUAGCUGCAGUGCUGGGCGCUGCUCCAUUUCUUGGACCGUACUUGGCCGGGAUCCCCGCAGCGCUGGACGUGUGGCUGCAAGGCAGGCCUAUGGCCGCGCUGAUGCUGCCUAUCGCUCAAGCUGCGCCCAUCGCGUUCCUUGAUGCCGCCGUCUACGCUGAAAUCAAAGACGGUGGCCAUCCGUACGUGACCGGUCUAGCAAUAGCUGGUGGUAUAUUCUACCUCGGCCCCGAGGGCGCGAUCCUCGGCCCCCUACUCCUCUGCUGCCUCAUGGUGGCGCUGAACCUUUCCUCUGCCUUCCUCCGCGACACGCCGUCUGAGGAGCGCGCCGCCCUGCAUUCGCGUGUCAGGUCAUUAUUGGGAUUGUUUUAUAAUUAAGGCUCGGUGCUUUUCUCUGACGGGCAUGCAUGGACUACUAACAGUCAGUCAGUCCCCAACUGAUUUGUCAAUUAAUAAGCCAAGCAAUCUAUGCUAUGAUAAAUAAUAACGAUGCAUUCGUCACAGGGAAAUUAUCUAAAAAACGGUUGAAUAGAAAAGUUUAGGUGCCUACAUAUUUACAGCCAUUACAUGAACUUUAACCCUCUAAUCAUUCACGGCGAAAUUCAGAAACAUAAUAUUAUUGUAAACUUUAGUAACGAACCGUUUAACCCGGUUCUCGAAAUUAAGUAUUGAUUGAGAUUACGUUAUAAUGUUUCUAAUAAUUAGGUGUUUCUGAUGUAGGAUCGGGCGUUAUUAUUUUAAUUCAUACCUAAUACAUAGUUAACAUUAAUUUAAUACACUUACUUUAUUUAUAGUAUUCAUUCCAUAUGAUACGACCAGAUUAAACUUACAUGAAUAGUACCUACUUUGGUACUACUAUUAAAUAUGUUUAUGGAAAUGUACAGUCAGCUGCAGAGAUAACUGACCCCCUGCAUAGAAAUUUGUUUGCAGGGAGGGUCAUCUAUCUCUGCAACUUACUAAACCUAUUGAAAUGUAUUGAAAUAUACCUACUUACCUAUUGUUAUCUUACCGGUCCUCGUGCCGCCCAAUGUAAAACAUACAUAUCAACAGCAUUUUUAUCAUCAAAUUUUUUAUACUUCCUUAACAAAAAUGGUGUAUGGUGGGCGGCACGGAGCUAUAAAUACGUAGACCCCAAGUUUUAAUAAUCAUUUUCAACGCAGUCUAGAAGUUAUUUGGAUAUGACUAUGCAAAAAUAAUAAAUUGUCCUAUGUAUGACAAUAUAUUGCAUAACUAUUACAUGGAUAUUUUACAGUUAUUUUGGUAUUUUGUUCCUGUGUCAGAAAAAGGAAUUUAUUCUGAAUCUCAUUCAUGAGUAAUAUGAGUAUAUAUCGGAGAUUAUUAAUAUCAUUAUAUUCAUUUAUUAUAUAUUUGAAAUUAUUAUUAUGUUUAACAGUCAAAUUAUUAAUUAUGUGUAGAGCUUUAGAACGUUGUAGACCCAGCCGCAGAAUUGCAUGGCCACUUUAUGAAUGAUUUCAUUAAUAAUGUGUCCAUGCAAUUUUGCAGCUAACUGUACUUUGCUUCAGUGGAUGCACAAUGUUGUAUUGUAUGAUGUCUUUUUAACAUACUAUAGAUAAGUAUAUUUGUUGUUGUUCAAUUGUAAACCUACAUACACACAAAGUAAUAGGCGUUGCAUGUAUUAACAUUACUUUUAAGCCCUUGUCAUCAAUUCGUUUUAAUUGAGGAAUUUUGAAUAACAUCAUUUACUAGUCACAGCAUUUAACUUCAUAACUUAACACACUCUGCUAGCGACCCGCUAGACGAGUUCUUUGUUCGUAGCCGCUUUUCGCUACAGAGCGGAAAAUACGUGCUAUCCGCUACGCUCGUAGCUCGCGCUGGCAGUGAAUGUGUUAAAUAGCCUAGAAAAAGUAAUUUUAGUUCCUCGUAAACAUUUUUAAGUGAAUGUUUUUUUUAAACGGUAAUUUUCAAUGAAUACGUAUAACAAAACACCUUCUAAGUUAGUAAUCAAAGAUAAUUUUAAUGAAUGUCAGCCCAAAUAUAAUUAUUUUACUUUUAUCUGACUUGUCACAUUUAUAUUAAAUAAAAACCAGAGCGUGGCCUACACAAUAACGCAUGUAAAGGCACUUUAUAAAACGAACGUGUAAGUUGUUACCUAUGUUAUGACUACUUAUGACUGAUGAAAAAAAACUAUGAAAACGGAUAAUAUCGCGUAUAUUGAAUUUAUAAUUCAUCCCCACGUUUCGAACCCUUUACAGCGUUUGUGGUCAACCACACCCGUGGUGUGGUGUCACCCGUUGACCACGAACGCUGUAUAGGGUUCGAAACGUCGAGAUGUAUUAUAAAUUCAAUAUACGCGAUAUAAUCCGUUUUCAUAGUUUUAUUUCAUGAUUAACUAUCGCGGUAACCGAAGACAAUAUAACUUAUGACUGACUUAAAAUCCUUCUUGCUUCUAGUCUCUCUAUUAUUUGUUUAAUAGUGUUUUUCGCCAAAUUUAACACGAAUAAAGCAAUAACGAAAUAAUUCAGUAGGAGUCGCUUAAUUUACCUACUUUUUUAUAAUUGAGAUAUAUUUUAUAUCGAUUUAAAGAAAAUGGUAAACGGAACAUCAUUUACCGACAAAUACAGUCGAGUUUAUUCGGUAUUUAAUUAACCAAGUCCUGUGCUUUAUUCACCAGACUAUAAAGAAAUUGUGUACCUAUACUAGAUUAAGACUAGCUAAAUAGAUGCCAAAUAAAGGCUUCCAGUAUGUCAUUGUGUGCGCAAAUAUUUUAAAACGCCUAAAUAAUAUAAUAUAUAUUAUAUAGAACUACGAAUAAGAAAACAGGCCAGCGUAUUCUGGGAAAAGUCUGUGCAUAAAAAACCGGAUGUAUAAUUAUUAUUCGUAAAGUACCUACGUACGUACUUAUGUAUGUUCUAUUUACGUCGGUCUGUAUUUCAUUAUUGAUACUAUAUUCCUAUCCAGAAUAAGAAAGAAUAAACUGACAGUUCGGGGCUGGGCGUAUAUUCCAUGAGAUUACCACGUUAUUGGUUAAUAUAAUUAUCUAUCUUGUACUUUUUAUGACAAAAUUUAAUUUUAUUCACGUGGGCCUCAAUUAUAUUUUUUGUAAAUAUGCUUAUAAAUAAAAUAUAAUAACUUUCAAACUGCCGUGCCGCCAGGUUUACUCUCCUAAUUCUAGAUACGAGUAUAGUAUCAAGAUUCGUUAAUGAAUAAGUUACAUUUGUUAAGGAGAGAGCGUUGUCCUGGCGACCGUACACAUGAACUGCAGUUUCCACUAGGGAUGAAAAUUCCGGAAAACCUCAAAUGGUUUUUUUCGGGAAUUUUACAACAUUUCGUUCUUUUCGGAUUUUUUUUCAGUUCUAUUCAGAAAAAUUAAAUACGUCACACACAAUGCCAAUGCCACUGAUGAGUGUGACAGUGUCAAUGCCAUAAACAAACACAUUAGACAUGCAACCUUAACCUACCUGUUUAAAUUCCUAAUUAAGUAUAUUGAAAAAUACAGAAGUUUUGAAAAAAACUUGGUCUUUUUCAGCUUUUUUUUCGGAAGUAUUGUAACUGAAAUUUGCAUUGUUUUUUCGAAAGAAACUUGAAAAAAAACGAGCUGUUUUGAAAUUUUCCCGUCAUUUUCCCAGAUUUUUCAACGCUAGUCUCCACGAACUUUCAAAGGUUUCGUAAAAUGUGCUCCCGAUUAUCUGAUGUCUAGUUAUAAGAAUGUAAAUCAUUAUUGUAUGCCAUUAUUGUUAUUUACACGCUGUUUUCUUAUUUUUAUACGUGGUUAAAUCUAUUUUAUGAAGCCUAUUUUUUGGUACAGUCGCCAUCAGAUAUAUCGGAGCGGCCGAGGUGCUCAAAAAUAUCUGAACACGCACCUAGCGCCUUGACAAUAGAGGCGUGUUCAGAUAUUGUGAGCGCCUGAGUCGCUCCGAUAUAUCUGAUGGCGACUGUACUUAGAUAAAUGAAUGAGCUUUGCAUUGCGCUUGUUAAUAAGGCCUUGUUGGAAUCUACUUAGUUUUGAAAAGCAGUUGUAACAAACAAAAACGAUCCUUUUGAGGUUUCGCGAUAUCUACUUAUUUUUUAAACCUCUAUCGUCACUUUCAUUCAAUAAAUAUAAUAGUUCAGAUUAUCAAAACAGUAUUUAAAAUAACAUAUACGUAUAUUGAAAUCUGCAAAGCCCUUAACAGUUCAGAAAGCAUCGUCCAAAAAUGAGUUAAGCUUUAUCAUAACUAAUAUUAUGGUAUUGUAUUGCAAUGAAAUGCACUAAAGAUAGUUUAUUAUACGCGCAUAUUGACAUUGCGGCAAAUAAAAGUUAUAUAUUAAUUUGCUUUAAAA